AAUUGGAACAAGGUAAGUAUGAAGAGGAAAGGAGAAAACGAGCAAAGGCGCGCACCGAGACGCGGUUUUAUAGCUCCAGAGAUGGGGUGGAUGCCUGGGGCAGCCACUGGCCCAGGCACCAAGGCUUCCAAUCCUCCACUCGCAAGCGCUGAGGUAAUCAGGCUAGCAGCGUUCCGAGACCACGUGACGCACACACAAUCAAUUUUCGUUUCCACCCCACUAGGUACGUAUCGCUUGUAGGGCACGAAAACCCUUCGACCAAAUUGUCGAGCGCUCCAUCUCCGAAAUUUCAACGCCUACCGAACAUCGACAACCGGAGCGAGUUUGAUCGCAAGCAGGCACAAUGGCGAUCAAGCACAACCAGAAGCUCGUCAACAACCACUUCCGCAAGGACUGGCAGCGAAGGGUUCGCACCCACUUCGACCAGCCCGGGAAGAAGGCCUCGCGCCGCACUGCCCGUCAGGUCAAGGCCGCUGCUCUCGCCCCCCGCCCCGUCGACAAGCUGCGCCCUAUUGUGCGAUGCCCGACCAUCAAGUACAACCGCAAGGUCCGCGCCGGCCGGGGUUUCACCUUCGCUGAGCUCAAGGAGGCUGGCAUUGCCCGACCUCUGGCCCGCACCAUCGGUAUCUCCGUCGACCACCGCCGCCAGAACCUGAGCGAGGAGAGCCUGGCCAUCAACGUCGCCCGCCUCAAGGCCUACAAGGAGCGCCUCAUCCUGCUCCCCCGCCGCUCCAACGCCCCCAAGAAGGGUGACACCAAGACCGACCUCUCCAAGGUCGAGAAGGCCACCUCCGUCUCCGCCGUCCUGCCCAUUGCCCCCACCGACCUGGCCGUCAAGGAGAUCAAGAAGAGCGAGAUGCCCGCCGCCGUCGAGGGUGGUGCGUACCGGAAGCUGCGCGUUGCCCGAAGCAACGCCCGGUACCAGGGUGCCCGUGAGAAGCGUGCGCGGGAUAAGGCUGAGGCCGAGACCGCCAAGAAAUAAACUGGCAAAAAGGGAAUCGGUGUUUGAGGGUUUUGCUCUUUGCGUCUCUAAGGGAGUGGCAACGUUGGUACGAGGCUCUUCGGGAGUUCUUGACUGGGCUCAGGAGCAAAGGUACUCUAGAUCCAGGUCAAAGAAUUAUUGCAUGAUCAUCGGCUCUACCAUGUAUUCAGAUGGUCAAUGGAAGCAUUACGUGAGCGAAGGAACAGUUGACACGCUUGGCAAAAGGUCCCGAUUGUGGUGAAUUUGAGUUGCCCGUUCUCUAGCCAUUUGUUUUAGG